GGUGACUUCGAGCAUUAAGCUACGGGCAUACCCUGUCAUUAGCACCAUCGUGUCUGCGGCAUAAAAACCGAAAAACUCUCGUUUAUUUACGAGAAACAGAAUGUCGGAUCCCUUUUUUAAUCGUCCAGCGCUUAGAAAGCGAAAAAAAACGGAGAAAAAAGCUGCUCAGGCCGCCGCUCCAAGCAAGUCGCGAAAAAAUGAGACAGAACGCGGCGAUGCUUCCGACAUUUCAUCAGACUCAGACGAUUUAGAUGCUGUAAUGGAUGAUGCGGAUGAGGAGGAAGAAGAUCUGAUGGAAACAGCUGCUGAAAAGCGUCUUCGUCUCGCGAAACAAUAUCUAAGUCAAGUCCGUGAUGAAAUGGCAGACGAGGGGGGUUUUGACGCCAAAGAUGUCGAUAGAGAGAUUCUUGCACAUCGUUUGAAAGAGGAUGUGAUGGAACAACAGGGAAAAAUGUACCUGAAAAUAGCUGACCGGAUUGCUACGGAGACCAAACCUCGUUUUACCCGCAUGGUCGGCCGUCAUAAUCGCCCACUUGUUGGAAUUUGUGCCAAAGACCAUGAGGUUUAUACCGUUGAUAAGUCUGGUCUCGUUCAAAAGUGGGCACUAAUGAAUUUUGAUGGCGAAGAAAAUGACACCUCAGAUUCUACCGAAAAAAUUAAAGUGAGACCUGUACGGUUUGCACGAUCUUCACCUGAGACAGAUCACAAGGGACUCAUAACUUGCGCAGCCCUCAGCGGUGAUGGAAAAUGGCUUGUCACAGGUGGUGCUGACCAUCACAUUGUUGUUCGCGACACCGAGACUCUCGAAGCACGGCAUUGCUGGAAGCAUCACCGUGAUACUGUGCUGGCUCUUUCCUUCCGGAAGGAUUCAAAUGAGAUGUUCAGUGCAUCGGCCGACCGUUCCAUUAAAGUCUGGUCCUUAGACCAGAUGUCAUACGUGGAGACACUUUUUGGUCAUCAGGACGGUAUUGUUGACAUUUCGAGUCUUGCACAAGAGCGUUGUGUUACUGCCGGUUCUCGUGACCGUACCGCUCGUCUUUGGAAGAUCGUCGAGGAGUCUCAGCUUGUUUUCCGAGGCGGCAGCACUUCUAUGAAAGCAACGGGUGGCUUUAUGGAGGGUAGUUUGGACUGCGUACGCAUGGUGGACGAGGAACACUUUGUUUCAGGAAGUGACAAUGGUGCUUUGGCAUUGUGGUCACUUCAGCGGAAAAAACCUGUCCACACAUUGCCCAUCGCGCAUGGUAUGCAACCCCAACUUCCCCCCUCUAAACACUCGGCCGAGACACAGCCUGAGGACUCAAAUGUUCCUGCCCUUCCUUAUCCCAUUACAGCUAUCGCUACGAUUCCUUACGCAAACGUUUUUGUUACCGGUUCUUAUAAUGGUGAUCUGAAGCUGUGGAAGAUUUCGGACACCGUGCGUUCUUUUGAGCCUGUGCAAUUAUCAAGCACACUUAAAGUUCCCGGGUUUGUAAAUCAUAUUCAGGCGUCCCUUUAUGGAAAACGUGGUCACGAACACAUUCAGAUUCUAGUUGCCUGUGGUCGGGAACCGCGGUAUGGAAGAUGGAAGACUAUGGGCGGUGUUCAAAAUGCCGCUUACAUAUUCGAUAUCAGUCUUGUAUCGGCUUCUGCUGAAUCACUUGGGGAAGAAUAAGGCUAACGGCCGACGCACUUGGGAUUUGCAAGCUUAGCGGUUCUGGGCGACUGCUUAUGCAAUGACGAUGUACAAAAAGAAAACUAUGUAAUUAUUUUGAUAGGAAUGGAUAUAGUCUGGGUUAAAUAAGGAAAUGUUAGGGAAGAGGAAGUUUGAGUGCGCUCACUAUACUCAGGUUUUUAUCGUUCGCUUCCCAAACAAACUCGACUGUUAAACAUUAGACUGCUCAACAUUAAUUCGAGUCGGUGGAAGCCUGUCUGAUUUUUCUUUUUAUUUUUUGGGUUCGUUUGAUAUGUAGAAUAUUUCAAUUACUUUUAAAAGUUUCAUA